AUGGAAAGAUGCUGGAAAAUUCAUGGGUAUCCACCCAAUUAUAGGCCAAAUACAUGGAAGAAAGAAACAGUUGGGAAAGCCAACACAGUGCAGACCAAUACACAACAUGAAGAAAGGCAUAUUGAGCCAAAAUUGACACAAGAACAAUAUAACACGUUGAUGAGUUUCCUCAGCACACAACCUGAUACAAACAGUAAAGAACCCUCAAUGGCUACCUCUGCACACUUUGAAGUGGGGUCUCAGAUCACAUUUGUUGUGAUUCAUCUUUGUUUAGACAGCAACAAUUUUCUUUACGGAAAACACAAUACUAUCAUUAUACCAGAUGGUAUACAGGUUAAGGUCAAAAUGGAUGGUUUGAAGAAGCCUUUGCUUCUUGGUAAAUUGAGGAACAAUCUCUACUAUGCUGAAGAGAAGUUAGUUUCAAUGACAAAUGAAACUCUCUCACAACAAUACAUAUCGUCUGCUGAAGCAUACAAGAAUAAAAACACACACAAUGCUGCUAGAUGUGUGCAAGAGAAGAUGUCACUUAGUCAAGAAAAAAUUGAACUGUGGUAUCUUAGGUUAGAGCAUAUGCCAUUUAACAGGCUUAAUAUAGUCUUUUCUUAUUUGCAAUGUAAAGAAUUUGAUAAGAACUUAUGUACUUUAUGCCCCUUGGGAAAACAAACCAAGAAACCCUUUAAUAAAAGUGCUAUAAAAACAACAGAUUCUUUUCAAUUAGUCCAUAUUGACUUGUGGGGACCAUUGAAAUUUACUACUAAGAUUGAAGUGCAAUACUUUCUGCACUCAAAGACUCAGUUUGGAAAACAAAUAAAAAUUGUGAGGACUGACAAUGCUCAUGAACUUAGCAAAGGAGAAUUCCUUGAUUUUUACAAAAGUAAAGUAUUUGGAUGUUUAUGCUUUGCAUCAACACUAAAAAGGGAUAGAAACAAACUUUCAGAAAGAGCAGACCCAUAUGUAUUCAUAGGAUAUUCUCAACACCAAAAAAGGUACAGUGUGUAUAAUCUAAAAACUAAGGUUGUGUUUGUGUCCAGGGAUGUAACAUCCCAUGAGAAAUGUUUUCCAUAUAGGUUUAAUACACCUGAUAUUACGCUAAUGCAGAAAAUAUUUGUGCCUAAAUCUAAUCUGUACUCUCAAAAUUCUGAUUCUGAGGAUCACAAUCAGACAGAAGAACCAAACACACAAGUUUCACCCAUCAAUGAUCCUUUACAUCAUGACAGUAAUGAAUUACCUAAUGAAAAAACAAGUGUCUUCCCAUUACAAAGGCCUGAAAGGUUAAAGAAGCAACCUCACCAUCUAAAAGACUAUCACUGUAAUACUAGUAUACACUCUCAUUGGUGCAAUAUGAUCAGCUUCUGUGUACUUUCAGACACUCAUAAACAGAUUGCACAGAUAAAUGAAGGCUAUGAAGAGCCAAAAUCAUAUAAAGAGGCUUCCUUAAACCCUAAAUGGGUAGAAGCUAUGAAAAAGGAAAUCAAAGCCUUAUCUGAAAACCAUACAUGGGAAGUCGUUUCUUUGCCCAUUAGCAAAAAGUUUAUUGGUAAUAGGUGGGUUUAUAAGGUCAAGUUAAGGUCUGAUGGCACUUUAGAAAGAUUCAAAGCCAGGCUUGUUGCAAAGGGCUACAAUCAGAAACAAGGUGUAGACUAUGAGGAAACAUUCUCCCCAGUGGUCAAAAUGAACACCAUUAGGUGUCUCUUGGCUGUUGCAGCAACCCAUAGUUGA